GUGCUCAAUUGCAUUCAGUCAGUCUUCCCUCUCCCCCACCGCCAGUUGCCUUCUUUUCUCCAAAAAAGACUACACCAUUAUCAUGUCAAGACUCUAUUAUAACUACCUUUUUCUUGCUGUCGAAGCGAUAGGUUUUUCUUGUAUCUUCCAUUUUUCUUACCUGAACCACAAAACUCCUCUAGAGAGUUUUGGCGAACUUGUCUCCGAUGUGUCGCGCAACUAUGAAUGGGCAAUUUUCUUCGCCUGUGGGUGUGUUUUGGCAAUUGUACUGCUCAAUCCUCGAUUUUACGCUAGAGAGAAGUACACAAUAAAUAGCUUCUGCUCGACACGAUAUUUGAUGGCGGCAGGGAUGAUUUGCAUUAAUAUGCUACUCACCGGAAAUAGCAUUUUUAGUUUAUAUUGCAGUUGGGCAAGGGCAAUCAUUGAAGCUGUAAUCAUAUCUAUCUUAUGCUGUUUGGCGUACAUAAGUAUCAACAUUUGCCGUGAAAAAGAAUCGCCAAUUCACUACAGAUUGUCGAAUACUACAACGGUCACUAAUGCACAGAAACUAAUCAUGAUCCUCUUCCUCGCCAUCUUCGGAGCAUUCAACAUAUGUUCUAGCUUCAUUGAACUGCGUCAAUUCCCAGAUGAGUACACGGGAUUGGGGUUUUUCUACACAACUCGAUUCAUCUGCCCCAUCCUCUAUAUCUUGGCCUAUAACUCCGAGGUGCUUACAUUCAGUGGAGUGGAACCGACUAGUGGAAGAUUUUGGUACGGAGUGUGCAAAUGGAAUGAAAAAUUAGGAGAAUGGGAACACUUGGGGAUAAUUCGUGGGAAAACCAAGUCGUUGGUUUUAGAUGUAUAACUUUUUUUCUGUUUCUUACUGGUUUUGAAUUACUGUGACUUUUUAAUAAAUGUUUUUACGUGUCUG